UCUAUUAUCAAUGGCGUGUCGAUAUCAUUCGGGGUUGCAUGAGGAACACAACACUCUCGUCUUAAGUAGUACCACAAGAAUUCGUUUCUAAUCAGUUAAAUACCGGCAUUUGAACGAAGCAGUUAAGGUAGCAGUAAUCUAUUUAGCGUAUUUCUCGGUUAAUUAGAACAACGCGUAUAUUAUCAACAAACGUUUUCGUAAUUGAAAAGUGAACACAAUCGUAGCACAAUCGUAAAGCGAUUUAAAUUAUUAUCAAGCAAAUCUACAUAUUACAGACAUUCCGAGAACCCAAAUAUGGCAUUGAAAUUUACUAGAAUAGUAUUUUGCACGCUCUUCAUGUUGGCUUUAGUAGUAUUUUGUGCGCCCAAUGAAACCGAAUCCAGACGCGUCAUAUUCCACGCUCCACGUCAAAUGCAAAUCUUUACCGGGCAGAUUCUAUCGUCACGCGCUAAGGAAAAACCCUGUGAAAAAUGUCAUAUGAGAGACCAUCGCGGCAGGUGUCGACGUAUUUUAUCAUUUAAUGCAGAUGGUAUUAAGUGCUGAUACUCAAUUAAGUAGUCCGCUUACGACCAAACGAGAAUCUCGUGCUGAUUUGAAUACGUCAUUUCGCCCAUCACCAAACAACAUGAAUGCAUACCAUAUUAUCUACAUUUGCGUAUUAUUUAUUUUUAGUUUUAAGUAUAAAAAGUUUUUUUUUUUUUAAUUAAACUUAAAUUUAUUUCCAAUUAUUUAUCAAGUAAACACACACUUCAAAAUUUACUAUUUACUCGUUUUGCACAAUUCGUUAUUCUUUAUAAUCUGCACCACACA